GCGGCGCGGAGCAGGGCGGGAGGCGUCGCGUUGGUCACGGCCGUAAACAGCGCGGCAUGAGCUGGGGGGGGGGGCACCGGCACCGGGAGCGGCACGGGGAGCCUGCUGCGGCGCCUCCGCGACAGAUCCAGGUAAAUAAGUUGCAUGCUGCUGUUUGGGGAGUUUGCCUCUGGCAAAGGUGCUGCAGAGGCAGUUGCCUUCUUGGAAUUUCACAGUGAAACCAGAAGGCUGGAAUUGGAAAGAAAACUGAUGGGAUACAAAAAAUCUGAUGCAUACCUAAUGAAACUAAAGUACAUGAAGCUGAAAAAAUACUUGGAAGAAAUAAACGAACGACAAAAAAGAGCUCUUCUGCAGAACCAGGCCAUUUUAAAGGAAUUAAACCAGUUUGAAGCUCAUAUGAAAACUUCAAGUUCGGAGCUAAUUCAGAAGAUGGAAUGGUACGGGAGAGAAAUUAAAAGUGUGUUAUCGCUUCGAGAGGGCAACUUGUCAGCGCGAGGUGACGAGGAAGAAUACAACAAGCAGAAUCCGUGGGUUGUGAGACAGACAGGAAUUCACUCCGGGACAGCCAUGUCAAGAGGCUUAUAUCACCCAGCAACAAUCUUUAUGGGCCGCCACACGUCAGCUGCCUGGAGCAUGCAGCAGAAAGCCCCCCAGGCUGCUGAGAGCUGCUCAGUGCCCAAGCCCUGCUCCCACAGACAGGCAGUGCCGAGCAGUGACAAGACAGACAGAUGCCUCCCGCGAGUGGGCAGUGACAUGCCAUGUACAAAUAAACCUGACAAACAAGAUGGGAAGGCAGAUGCCCUGGUGCGGGAGAAAAUGCCCAUCACAUCCAGGGUGGCAUUGGCAGAGAGCAGCAUGCACAGCAGCCUUACUAAUUUCACAGAAUACAGGAAUCCUGCUGAAUACCGCUUGCUGUCACCCAGCAGAGUAAGUGUGGAGAGCAGGAUGGCUGACUUAAACAGUGACACCUCAGUGGAGCAGGAGGAGGAGGAGGUGGCCUGUGAGCACCUGGUAGCAAGUGCAGAAGACUACAAGCAGCCCAUCCCUGUGGCAUUUCUUGCUGAGCCCAGCAUCUCAGAGGAAGACCAGGAAAGCAUCCCAGGACCCCAGGAUGGCCUGAGUAAUGGGCAACCAUCAAAGACAGUGAGUGUGGACAGCAGCAGCAAGCCCCUGGUGUGUCCAGGUGAGGGGAUGCUGAUGCCAGCAGGGAGUAGGACAUGGGCUGGAGGCACCCACCCUGCAGAAGUAUCCUCUCCAGAGCCAUCUAGCCCCUGCACAGCAGAAGAGGAGCCCCUGGGCAGCCUGGCACCAGAUGGCUUUUGUAGUCAGGCCAGCAGCCUGAAAGAAGAAGACCUUAAAGCUGGAGAAACAGCUGUCUGUCAUCAGCCGAAGGUGUUGCUGCAGAGCCUGUGGGGUGGCCACCCCCUCCCUGGGAACAUACCGUGUGCUGCGCAUGGGGCUGUGGAGCAGAGCAGGCUGGACCUGCCACGGGAUGUGGAUGUACUGCAGGCUCCCCUGAGCAGCCCCACAGCGCACUGCUCUUUGCUCAAAGAAGAGGUGGCAGCGACGUUUGAAAACCUGCUGGUUUCGGAGAAGGAAGCAUCAGAUGACCAGGCUCCACCGCUGUUGAGAGAGGUCCUUCUAGGAGAAGAGUGUGGAGAUGGGUCAUCUAUUCAGAGUAAUGAAUCAUCUUACAGCUUGCCAUCGAUCCCAAAUGACAGUGGGGAAAUAAAGCAGGCAAAACACUCUCCCCGGCUUGAUGCCACAGGAAAGCAAGAAGUCACAAGCUGGUGUGAAGAUGAGAGCCAGGAAGAAAGCGUGAUAAAAAAGAUUCCUAUUACAGGAAAGGGGAAUAUUUGUUGGUAUUUGACCUGUUUCUGGAUGCUCAGCUCUUAAUUUGGAGAUCUUUCAUCUAUAUGCUCAUCCUUCUAUCAGAAGAGCACAUCCUCCCAUCAGACUUGCAGGUAGCCCUUAUCCUCUCCCUGUACCUAGGUUUUCUGCUUUAUUGCAGGGGAAAUCAGCACGUAUAAAAGCCUGUGUACGGAUGACUCAAACCUCUGGUCCCAAGGCAGAGGUGCGCACAGUUGCUGUUUGUGUUCUGGCAGUGGCAUGGCAGCUGAUUUCCCAUGUUUAGUCCUGGAUGGCUCUUUGUGGAUGAUCAGCAAGUGCAGUAAUUAGUGUUAAUGUGGUGGAGGAGGCUGUUCAGAUUUGAAGUUCCUAUGGGCAUUAGCUAUUGUUAGUUCCCUGUUUUCGUGCCACAGCUAGCAGUGUGGCAGCCCAGACUGACCAGCACUUCUGAAUGUGAAUGCAAUAAGUAUUGCCAAGGUAACUAAAACUACACAGCUUGCAGGCUCAGCUGAUCCAGAUAACAUUCCUUUCAAGGCAUUAUUAACUUUGAAGUCUAGUGACAGCUGAAAUACCCAAGCUGCUAACUACUUUAUUGUUGAUAAAGGCACACAAAAAAUGGCAAAGUUCUUUUUUGUGGAUAUUCUCACUUGUGUAUGAGAGAGAUGUAGAUAUGUGGGUUAAGCUUGCAAAGGCACUAGGAUCUUUUGCCCCCCAGCUACCUCUGUUUGCAUAUGGGGUUACUGAUUAUUAUUGGAAAUGUUUGAUAGUUGUUUAUAGCUUUUAAUUGCCGUUCAGAGAGUUCUUGUUCCUCUCACAGUAGAGCGAUGCCUACUUGUACUCCUUGCUUAUGUGCUUUGUUGCUUAGGUCACAGAUCUCAGUUUUGCUCAUGGACUGUAUAGGUUGCAUGUGAGCCGUGGGAUGAGUACAGUGGUACUCCUGUUCUUCCAGUUUGCAUUGUAAAAAUCAGCAGCUUUGGGAAUUGCUCACACUGCUCCCAUUUACAGAUAUGCCAAGUCAAAUGUUGUGUUGUUACCAACAACCUCUUCAGUGUUUGUAAUGACUUUCCCUCCAGUGAAGGGUUUUAAGUGUAACAGAGGUAUAGAUGCUGGUUUUGAUGGCUAAAAGGUGUUUUGUUUUUUUUUCUCUCUGAUAGAUAAUACAAUCAGCAAGAUACAAAAGUUGAAAGUGGGAGGCCAAGAGCAUCACCUUUUUUUGUCACUGUGAUGUUUAACUAUAAAUUGAUGAACCCUGGCACCUAGGCCAUAGGACAACACAUGGAAGGGGAAAAAGUAUCUUCCAUUUGCUGCACUGGUACAGUACGUUCUGGGUCAAAGAUCAUUUUAACUGUUGCACAGAACAAAAUGGUAGUGGUUCAUUAUGCAACUGUGGCAGUUUUUCCUGGAACUGGAGGGCUAAUGAAGAAAAGUACACCAAUUUUGUUUGGAACAGAAUUGUAAAAGCUGACAUGAAAGCUCCCACUCAGACUGUGCAAUUCGAAGUUGGAAAGUGUCAAGUUUUUUUUAAUUAACAGUGGUAUCUCAGACCCUUUCCUAAUUCUGAGUGGAGGGAAGAACACAUGGGCAAACAGUAUGAGGAGAGCUGUGUCAUCUGUGGCAAAACAGCUUCCAUUUUCCUGCAGUAAUGCUCAGACAACUGGAUUAAGAAUUUACUUUUCAUUAUUAACAUCCCAAUUUGAGUUUAAAGGCUGAGAUUUAUCAAGCUUCCUCAGUUGUGUCUGUGCAGUAGGCACUGGCUGUUCAUACAGCAAAUGCUCGAAAUGCCAGGUUUUUAACAUGGAGCUGGGGAACUCCAAAAGCCUUCCUCACCAUUGAAACUGGCUAAAAGAAAUAUUUUUAAGUGAUGCUUCUUGCCACUAAUGUGAGCUUGUCCAUGGUGGUUGUUCUUUGUGUCCUAUGGAGCUGAUGGUUGCUGCUGGGCUCUAAACCAGUAUAUUUUUUGCUUCUUUUCCACUCAGUGCAUCUUCCUUACCAGGGCAAUAGUUUUCUGUUCUGUGCUUGGGGACAAGGUGUGCAUGCUGGGGGAAAAAAAAAAAAGACAAAACAAAGCAACCUCCACCCCAUAAAUGUACUGUUUUGAAUUUGGCAGUAAUUUGUGUUUAGUCUGAAAUAUGGUGGGCUUUAUGAAGGAAAAUACCCUGAUCUGCACAAUGUGGUUCUAUCCAGAGUGAAGAAAAGUGAUUCAACACUUUGUGUCCUAACAGUCUUUUUCUUGUAUCUUCUGUUUCCUGCCCUGCACAUUGCCCCAAUUGCCUGUGCUUAACCACCAUGGUGAAUGAAGUAUUGCAGGACAGUCAGGUUGGUUAUUUUUGUCAUAUGUACCGUACGUCUGCAAUCAAGACUGUUUUCUUCUGUUAACUUGUAAUGCAGACACAUUGUUAAAGGCAUGGGGAUUAGGCAGAUGAAUGGCGUAAGAUGAGGUAAGAGCAAGAUGAUUGCUUGGUGCACAAAGAAGUAGUUACUGUGCACUAACUGCUUAAAUGUCAGAUGCUUCAUGGGCAUAGCAACACAGCUGAAUCACCUGGGCUGUCUUUAAAGGUAAGCUGGUGGACUUGUGAGUGUCUGGAAGGAUCACCCAGGGAUGUAGGGUGCAUAGUGUAUAAGCAAGCGCAAAGAUGCUCAAGGGGAAUGAUCAGACUAAUUGGCAAGGAAGCCUGGUGUAACUAAAGCAGAAGUGGGGAUCGAUAGCCCAGCAUUAUAUUAUAAUUGACAGGUAGGGCAAAGCUGGGCUUUGAAGGGUCUCAAAGGUGAAGAGCAAGUAGUUUGUGCUACUGUUUGAUGUAGUGGAGGAAGGAGAGCCAGUGGAGGCACAGAAAGCAUGGUAAAUGAUCUUUUGAAGCUGGUGUGCAUGCUUAGCUGCAAGAGAAACUAGUACAUGCAGCACGAAAAUGGAUCAGAGUGGAGGGGCACGCCCAAGUUGUUUGUGCAUGGUUGGCACCUCCUUGGGUUUGUAGGUAAACCCUUGCUGCAGAAUGGGUAAUGGUGUGAGCCAUGGGUGGAGAUGUAGGGGGAGUCCCUCAUGUUAGGGAAGGAACGAGCAGAAGGGCUGCUGCUGGGUGAGAGAUGGAGGGAUCAGGAUAGCUAGCAGAGGACCCCUCUUCCUCUAUCUUUGCUUGUUUUCUCCGGAGAGAUACAGAGGUUGCAGGUCUGUUACCUGUCACUUCUGUGGCAUUAAAACCAUGCUGGUACCACCCUUAGAUGUUCAUUUCCCUCUUGGAGUGCAGUGAGUUCGUCUUAGGAGCAAGCCAUGAACUUGCUGAAGCCAAGCCUGAGAGCAUGCAUAAGUGGGUUUUGAAUACUUGCAUAGUCCACUGCCCACGCCAUUUUGUUAGCUGGGCACACUUCGCUUUAUGCAAGAUGUUGUUGAGGCAAUGAGGGAUGUCCCUCCCAAAGUAAACCCAGCUCUACACCCAGGCAGGACGUGAGCAUGUAAUUUCAGCUGCUUAUGUGCUGUACUUAGAACAGUGCAUGAGGAGCCCUGAAAAAUACACUUCUGUUAAGUGUUUUACUGCUGGAGUGAAAAACAAUUUCAAGGAGUUCUGAAAUAAUUACAUUGAAAUAUUUUUUUCUUUUUUCUCUUUACGUUCUGAAAGUAAUGUGCAAACAAGCACAAAUAUUAAUUUCUUUAUGGUCAGUCGUUUCUUGCUGUGUGCUCACAGCACUUGGUCUGCAGCUCUGAGCUACUGGCAAGCUUACAUCUGGGAAAUCCUCCGUGAUCAGGGCUUGCUUAUAGUGUCUUAUUUAUAAUGUGGGGAGGGUGAGGGGGGAUGAGACUGAAAUUAUACACAUGUGUAUAAAGGUUUUGUUGUGUCCCAAUUCUAAUUAGCUGUACAAAGUAGCCUUUUAAAGUGAGAUUUGUACUUGAGUGUCAUGUUCUUUGGAAAAAUAUGAAAAUGAGCAAUUGUACCAUUCCAGUGAAUAAACUUACUCUAUUUGCUUUUUAAAAAUCAGUCUGUACAGAACAGAAACAAGAUGCACAGAGCAGGGAGGAAAUAAAGGAAAGCAUGGGUAAGAGACUUUGAAAUAGUGGGUUGUUUGGCUGUUAAGUCCUAAAGAUCCUAAGAUUUGUGUUUCCCUAAUGCAGCUUUCUAUUAAAAGGGAAUGGUUGAAAAAGGUGUUGUAUUAAAUAAUAUUGAAAGACAUGAAUAAAUAUUAAUAUAUUUAAGGGGAAGAAGAAUAAAAGUAUCCCUUCUUCCUGAUUAAGGAAAGUAAAUAAGAACUAAAGCAUAAAAAGGAAAAUAACUUUAAGUUUUGCUUAAAGUUGAUGUGAUAGAAUACAAUUCUUAAUGUCAAUGUACUUUUUUCUAAAAUGAGUUAAAACAUGCAAAAGUUUCACAAAAAAAUCAUCAGAUAAGUGAUUAAGGAGUCUUGUUUUCUAUAUUUUUAAGUAAUUUUUACCUAAUCUUGAGCAAAAUGUCUUGAGGCACGUACUGUAAUUGUGUAGUGGUUCCUCUUCUCUAAACUCUCUCUCAUCGAUCUGGCAGCGUGGCCAUUGCAUGUCUCCUUUUCAGAAUAACAAGGGGUGCUUGCUCAGAACAGCAUGUUGUAAGGUCUGACUGUUUUUCAAAAAAAAAGUGAAAAAUAAAGUUAACUGGAACAGAGGUAGAAUCUAGACAUAGGUACAUGAUUUUCUUCUCCAGCAUGAGGCCAAAUGUGACGUGGAGCCCUUCUGGGUUGAAUGCGGUGAGGGGUAAAUGAGCCUUAAAGAGUCUGCUGUGGCAAGGGGCUUGUGGCUUCUGGCCCAGGAGCAAGGACUUCUGUCUGUCUGUCCAGCCGUGGCAGGAAUGCCUGGCCGAGGCAGUGCAUGCAACAUACAGUUGGUGCAAAGACAACUGAAGGUAGCUCCAUGAGGAAAAUAACAUUAAAAUAUUGCAGUGUGCUUUUCUUAAUACUCAUCUGGGUUUUGCUGAUAGAUGUUGCAGGGAAUGUAGAUGUGUUUUUUAUGUAUUGUGCAGUCUGCAAAAAUACCAUCACAAUAACACCCCACUGGAAGCAGCAGAUGUAUGGCUUCAGAUUUAUUAUUUGAAAAAUUAUAUUUUGUAUUUUUAC